AUGCAGCUCCGUUCAUUCUUUGCCUUGCUGCUAGCAACCAGCUCGGGUUUUGCGGCCGCCUUUCCUACACAGACCGCCAUUCCCAGCCAGGCACUGGUACCAGGCCCUGAUCCUACACCCGCUCUUGAGUUGCGGGCUGCUGCACCUUCAUUUACGGGCGUGAGCAUCACACCAGUCUCUAUCAAGUCUUUCAGUCUCUCGUUAGACCUCCCAUCAUCGACAUGUACUCAAACGAUUGAACCGGACAGAAAUGGCUAUGUUCCACCGGGCACAUGUGGUGCCCUUUGGGCCUACUACCCAUCAUUCGCCGCGGCUGUAGCCUUCGCUGUGCUGUUCGGGGCACUUCUCAUCGCGCACCUUGGACAAGCUAUUCUCUAUAAGAAAGGUUUCUGCUGGGUCAUUACCAUGGCUUCAUUGUGGGAGUUUGGCUCAUAUGGCUUUCGUGCGGCCGGAUCAAAAAACCAGCAAAGCAACGCUCUGGCUACGCUGGCACAGAUCUUGGUGCUUCUUGCGCCAAUCUGGGUCAAUGCGUUCGCCUACAUGGUCUUCGCGCGGAUCGUGCACUUCUUCUCACCGACGAAGAAAGUAUGGAAGAUAUCGCCAAGCAUCCUAGCCUUCGUCUUCGUCACACUCGAUGUCUUGUCCUUCAUCAUUCAGCUGAUUGGAGGCGGUAUGGCCGGUCCUGGAAGCAGUCCCGAGUCCCAGAAGAAGGGUAUCGACAUCUACAUGGCCGGCAUUGGUCUUCAAGAAGCCUUCAUCAUAUUCUUUCUAGGGUUAGUGAUCAAAUUCCACUUCGAUCAGAUCAGAGCCGAGAAGAACGGCCGACUGGCAGCCAGCAGGACAAGGUGGAAGUGGAUCACUUAUGCGCUAUACGCCUGUCUGGCUUUUAUCACAGCCCGUAUCGUCUUCAGACUCGUCGAAUUCUCUGGCGGAAUGGACACAGAUAACCCUCUGCCUCACAAUGAGAGCUACUUCUACGCUCUCGAAGCAGUGCCGAUGUUCUUGGCUAUCUUGGUUUGGAACCUCAUCCAUCCAGGUCGUUACAUGAACGGGCCAGAUGCUAAGCUACCGCCUUCAUGGUUGUCGCGGAAGUUGUGCUGUUGCUUCCAUCGCAAAGGCAAGGACGGAAAGGGGUCGCACCAGCGCCUGAACUCCACCACAGCUGACGAAGAGAUGAAGGCGCUACGUUCUCGCGACCCUUCUCCGAACCCUCGUGGAAGGACGGGCGAAGCAGCCGCAUUCUACUACGAUGCACCAUCGAGAGGCACUUCAGCGACCCGCGAUCCAUCUAUGCCUGCUGCUCCUCAGCGUGCAGGGCGCGACGACAGCGCCAAUCCUCCAUCGUAUGAGCCAUACCGUCCUAGAGAAUUUUUGGGGCCUCAAAGCUAA